GAGCGCGCAGGGGGGCGGCGGCCUCUCCAGGUCUCCUCUCCCUCUCUUUCCCCUCUCUCUCCCUCUCUCUGCGCCUGGGUCGGUGGGUGACGCCGAGCGCCGGAGAGAUGUCGGAUUUUGACAGUAACCCAUUUGCGGAUCCGGAUCUCAACAACCCUUUCAAGGAUCCUUCUGUUACUCAGGUGACAAGAAAUGUUCCACCAGGACUUGAUGAAUACAAUCCAUUUUCGGAUUCAAGAACACCUCCACCAGGCAGUGUGAAAAUGCCUAAUGUACCCAACACACAACCAGCAAUAAUGAAGCCAACAGAGGAACAUCCAGCUUAUACACAGAUUGCAAAGGAACAUGCUUUGGCUCAAGCUGAACUUCUUAAGCGCCAAGAAGAACUGGAAAGAAAAGCUGCAGAAUUAGAUCGUCGAGAACGAGAAAUGCAGAAUCUCAGUCAACAUGGAAGAAAAAAUAAUUGGCCACCUCUUCCUAGCAAUUUUCCUGUGGGACCUUGUUUCUAUCAGGAUUUUUCAGUAGACAUUCCUGUAGAAUUCCAAAAGACAGUAAAGCUUAUGUACUACUUGUGGAUGUUUCAUGCUGUAACAUUGUUUCUCAAUAUCUUCGGAUGUCUGGCUUGGUUUUGCGUUGACUCUGCAAGAGCAGUUGACUUUGGACUGAGUAUCCUGUGGUUCUUGCUUUUUACUCCUUGUUCCUUUGUCUGUUGGUACAGACCACUUUAUGGAGCUUUCAGGAGUGACAGUUCAUUCAGAUUCUUUGUAUUCUUCUUCGUCUAUAUCUGUCAGUUUGCUGUACAUGUGCUUCAGGCUGCAGGAUUUCAUAAUUGGGGCAAUUGUGGUUGGAUUUCAUCCCUUACUGGUCUCAACAAAAAUAUUCCUGUUGGAAUCAUGAUGAUAAUCAUAGCUGCACUUUUCACAGCAUCAGCAGUCAUCUCACUAGUUAUGUUUAAAAAAGUUCAUGGACUGUAUCGCACAACAGGUGCUAGUUUUGAGAAGGCUCAACAAGAGUUUGCAACAGGCGUGAUGUCCAACAAGACUGUCCAGACAGCAGCUGCAAAUGCCGCUUCAACUGCAGCAACCAGUGCCGCCCAAAGUGCUUUCAAGGGUAACCAGAUUUAGAGACCCUCCCAAUACACACUGUUACCUUUUGACUGUACUUUUUUCUCCAGUUACUGUAUUCUACAAAUAUUUUUUUGUUGGAAACACACGGUUCACACAGCAUGGGUAUUUCCUGUUCACAUGUGCAUGGGCUAAAACCAGAAAAAUUUCCUUGUCUUAUUACUUUUACCUAAUAGUUUAUUAAUAUUUCAGUGCCCUGUGCAGACAAAAUAUUACAUGCUAAAUAUUCUCCAUAUUCUUGGGGGAUGAUGCUCAGCAGAUCACUUCAGUGGUGACACACUGAAACUAAUAUGUGACUUAUGAUUGAAAAAGCACUUAAUACUGCUAUAGUUCUUUCAAGAAUCUGUAGAGAUAAAGAUUACACAUUGGAACAGCAAAACUAUACUCAUUCUUUUCUCCUUAUUUAUCUUAAAAGAAAUAGGCCAGCAGAGACUUAAUGAAUUUUUAAAUUGGCUUGCUUUUUAUCGGUUCAGUUACCAAUGAAGAGCCUGUGUGCUUCAUAGUAGAUAAUGUAUAUUUUAACUUUUUUUUUUUGAGUAGUUGACAUUUUGAUAACAAUCUCUGAUCUUGCAUGGACACCAAGUUUCUUAAAUGAAAGAAUUAGUAUUUUUGGGUCCUGUACUGCUUAUAGUGAUAGAAAUCAGGAUUUGUUUAUGGAAUCAUAGAAAUGAUUUUCUAUAAUAGUUUCUUUUAAAUAAAAAUUUAUUGGGGUAUAAAGACUUUAAUAUAAUAUGCAGUGCAUUAUCCAAAAGAGACGGCAGUUAAUCAUUGUAACAGAAUGUAGUAAUAAUAGCUCCUUUAAUUUUAUUAUAGCUUAAUUUUCAGUAUUCAUAUAGUAAAAUUUACUGUAUGGACACUUUAA